AGCGUACUAUUACUUCAGUAUACUAUGGUUUUACGCAAGAUUACGGAAAUAUAUUUGCGUUACCUACAUCGUGUCUAUAAUGAGUAGCUACUACCAGCACAGAGAUGAUUCUCGAGCUCAGGAUUCACAUGGAAGUAAUAGAUAUAGAAAACCUCGCACCCCGCUACGUGACGACCAAGAGUCGAAUUUCUUAUCGAGUCGAAGAGAGGAACGAACACAAAUAAGCGAGGAAGGAGUGAAGUCCGUGUGGGCGCUUUCACCUUCACAACCUGAUUCAGAUUCAGAAGAUGAAAUAGGUCUCCAUACACACCAGCACAAUCAUAAAAAUUCAUCAGAUAAUGGCAAGGCAAAUAAGAAAAGGUCGCGGAAAAAAAGUGAAUCUUUGACAAGCUCGGAAUCAAAUAUUUCAGAUUCAGAAGAAGAGAGAAGGAAAAGAAAAAAGAGAAAAAGGAAAAAAGAGAAAAAACACAAAGAAAAAGUGAAAAAGCAUAAGAAGAAACAUUCGAAAAGAAAAAAAGUGAAACAAGAAAGUGACUCCUCAUCAGGAGCAGAGAGUUUAGUUUGGGAGGAAAAAGAAGUUUCAACGGUUAAGAAAAUUGAAGAUCCUCUCAUAGUUGGUUUGAAUGAAACAGGUUUUGAGGAGGAAAAAACCAAAACCGAAGAUUUGGUUAUUGGACCCAUGCCUGAGGGGUUGGAAGGGGCUUCAUCUAAACCAUUGAAUUUCGGGCAUGCUUUAUUACCUGGUGAAGGUGCCGCUAUGGCUGCCUUCGUGUCAGAAGGAAAGAGGAUCCCACGCAGAGGUGAAAUCGGACUCACAAGCGAUGAAAUUGUUAGUUUCGAGGACCAGGGUUAUGUCAUGAGUGGAAGUCGCCAUCGUAGGAUGGAAGCCGUGAGACUUCGGAAGGAAAACCAGAUUUACAGCGCGGAUGAGAAAAGAGCAUUGGCCUCUUUUAACAAGAUAGAAAGGGACAAACGUGAAACCAGGAUUUUAUCUUCGUUUAAAGAACUUGUUAAUAACAAAAUAUCAAAGGAAUGACAAAUAUUAUUCUGCUGUAUGUUGAACAGCUUUUUUUAAUAAAAGACUCAUUUUUAUUGCGUUGUGUAUUGAUUGGUUU